AUGCAUUUUCCACAUUCCUCGACAUUCCUCCUCCUCUUCGCAGCUGCGACAGCUCGCGCCGCCGAUACCACGACAUCUUCAACAACGACUAGUGCACCAGCAUGUACAGCGGCAUCCAAGAGUGGCAGCGGGGCUUUCUACGACUUGCGGCCGGACAUAGCCAUCAAAGCAGAGGAGGGCAAGUCGUCCAAGUCAAGCGUCACAUCCGACUAUCAUGCUAGAGGCUGGGACUAUGGUCGCAAUUUCACCUUGAACAUUUGCGCGCCAGUCAUUGAGGCACUUGACGACGUCGAAGGCCUGACAAAGAGCGAAUCGAAGAAUGUUAGCGCGUUUUACGAAUACAAGAAUGAGGUCUACUCCAUCGGGUCAUCAUCCAUGGAUAUCCAGACUCGCGGGCGCAUCCUCGUCCUGCAGUACAAGAACGGUUCCCCGUGCGGCAAGACCAAAUCGAAGCGAUCCAAAGCCCACGAUGGUGCUUCCUACAACAAGUACGUUGACGAAGAGGAAGUAUCAGCUCUGAGCGCCUUUGGCAACACCCAAAACAAGGUUGCUGCCGAAAAGGACGAUUCCGACUCGACCACGCGUCGCAAGUCGGCCACCAUCUCCUUCCACUGCGAUACCGAGCAAGUCGGCGGAGCUGCGCACAUUUCCUUUGUCGGGUCAGACCCCGAUGACUGCGCGUACUUCUUCGAGGCCCGCUCCCAGCAUGCGUGUCCCAGAGCCGAACCGCACCAACCCGGCAGCGUCGGUCCCGGCAGUGUAUUUGCCAUCAUCUUUGUCAUUGCCGUUCUCGUCUACUUUGGAGGCGGCGUGUUCUAUCAAAGAACUGUGGCACAUGCGCGUGGUUGGCGACAGCUUCCCAAUUACAGCCUCUGGGCUGGUAUUUGGGGAUUUGUCAGUGACAUGUUCAUCAUCGCGACUUCUUCUUGUGCACAGCUGCUUCCUGGGAGACGUGGAUAUAGCCAUCUGUCUGGGUCGCCGAGCAGAAGCCGCAACCGUGAGGAUGAGAACCGAUUGAUAGACCAGCUCGACGAGGAGUGGGAUGACUGA